UCACCUAGUAUCUUCAGUUACUUGCCUACUUUAUAAUUUUAAAACCAGAAUGGCGACGCCGAUUGCAGAGUCUGUGGAUACAGAUGCGAAUUUAGUAGAGUCGAAUUCGACAGCUGCUGGGCCUACGGAGGCGGCAGAGUUUUCAGCAAAGUACGCCGAGUUUCUCUCCUCUGAUUUCGACCCCAUGCACUACGCACGACGGGUAGUGAGUGAGGGCGGCAAGCAGGGCAGCAACGAAGCUGCGCCACCAGAAAUCGACCAACUCAUAGCGACGCUGGCAAAUAGAGCCGACAGCCUCGAGACGCUGAUGAAGCAGACGAUUCUGAACUCGCACGAAGACCUGCUGCGGCAGGUGAUCGGUGUCAAGGCGGUUGACUCGACACUGGGCCACAUCGAGGAGCAGGUGCGCGAAAUAAAGUCGUACAUGCACGCAUUGCGAGCAAAGAUCCGGGUGCCGUACGAGCAGGCACUGAUGUACACAAACCAGUCGAGCAACCUGCAGGCGGCCAUAAAAUAUGUGAGGUCGACGUCAAAGUUCAUUCAGCUGGUGCGGCGACUAGUGGUGCAGAUUCCAGACUCUGCAUUCGACAAUGGCAAGGGACCGAAGCCAGACUAUCCGCUGGCGGCGCUGACACUGCUUGAUAUUGAAAAGCUGGUUGGUAGUAGCGAUCUGGAUGGGAUCACUGUCAUCGACGAUGCGAUGGCGAGUGUCGUUAGCAAGCGGCGCGAGCUGACAAUGCAUGAGGCAGGCAGCAUGCUGGAUACAGGCAUGAAGCGGCAGAACCAGAGCGAUAUCGCCAGUGGCCUCCAGAUUCUAUUCAACCUGGGCACACUAGCCAAUACAGUUGCAGGCAAAGUUCGGCAGUAUACAGUGGACUGGGCGCAGCAUAUAUCUGGCAAACUCGAUCCAAAGUACAUCCAGGCAUAUGUCCGUGAGCACAAUGCCAAGGCUACUAGUGCUGACGGCAGCGACAUGAUCGGCAUCACAUCGGUGGUGUGGUCGACGAUUGAGGAGCUGAUUGGGGAGCUGCUAGUGCGCGGACUCGAGCUGCGAACACUCGAGCGGGUGCUUGCCCGCAAGCGCGAUACUUUGCCGCGGUUUGACGUAUCAGUAUCGGCACUGGAUUCCAAGGCCGACGGCAGCAACGCAGCCGGCGUGUCAUUUCUGGACCUGGCUGUUGAGCGGCUUGGUGAUCGCGUGUUGGCGUUCUGGUGGGGUACGGCAGUCGCGGCACUGGCUGCCGAGCUGGAAGAGGCGUGCACCAACUCGAGUGUCAUCCGCCAGACGCUGACUAACAGCUAUCCGCGCAUGGUCCAGCUGUUCUUCCCCAAGCUCGAACACAUCCUGUCGCCCAAACUUGGUGGAGUCACAUCCGUGGCCAGAGACGUUGCUGUCGAUAUGUCGUCGUGGGAUCCUGAUGCUGAACACCGCCGGUCAUCUUUUGUGGGCCAGCCAAUUCUGUCAGCCCAAAGCGUAUCUUAUGAUGAUCCAGGACCACAGAUCCUGUGGGACAAGCUCUUGGGCAAAUUCGAAAGCGAGUAUGUCUCCAAGGCAGCCACGCGCAUCGACGAUGCUGUCAAGCGCUGCUACCCGCCGCCACCGCCGCCUGGCCUGCUUGACGCACAGGAGAGCUGGAAGCGCGGAACAAGCAAGGGCAACAAGCAAGCGGGGUUGGCUGGGAAUGCGUCGGGUCCGACAGAGCUUGAGAUGAUGACGGCGGUCAACAUUGUGCCGAACCGCAAGCUCGUUGCUGGUGUGGUACGUAGCAUCUCGACAGAGCUCGAGAUGGCCAAGUCGGAUGUCAAACUGCGCUGUGCGAUUGCCGAAGCUGCGUCGUCGGCAGUAGCGACAUUCAUUGAGAUCACCACUAGCAAGAUCGCAACUGUAACGGUCAACCCGCAUGUUCUAGAUCCGCUGACGUCACCAGCUCAUCCGCUCACCAAAUCAUACGUUGGCCUGGUGAACUCGGUCGAGAGUCUGCGCAAGGGGUUGUCGGAUAUGUGCGAUAGUGAGUUUGGCAUAGCUACGGUGGUGGCAGCGGCAACAUCGACACCACCGCGGCAUUCGCGGUUGAGGUCUUUGGCACACCGUUCUAACAGGCUGUCCCGCCCCUCGUCCAACCAGUCAUCCCGUACUGCAUCGAUGGUCGAUGUGACAGCAAUGUCUACCCCUGUACGCUCGGCGUCUGACUCUGGAUCGAUGACUGUGUUCUCUGUUCUGGACAGGUGCUUGCGUGAACUGGGUACAUUCGUGACGGAACAAACCGGUGUGCUAUUAGGCAUUGCUGACAAGGCAAUCGAGCAAUGCAUUAUCGAUGCAGAGCUGUCCGAAAUCAAGCGGUUCCAACAGGCGGAAGGUACACUGGGACCACUGGAGCUGGCGGCACAGUGGCUGCAGACACAGAUCCUCGAGACCCUCGAGGUCGAAUGCCAGAAGCAGGUCAUGCGCAUGGUCGACCGCUACCUGCGGGUGUAUCUGCGCUCGGUCUGUCUGACGUAUCCGCUGACAGAGGAGGCGAGGCUGCGGCUGACUGGCGAGGUGACGCAGUUUGAGUUUGCAUGCAGCCAGAUUGUUGCUGCAUCAGAUAGUGCGGCAUCGCUGCAGGCUUCGGGCACGCAGCAGGCAGUAUCGCCGACCCGCCACCGAAGCAGCUUCACGGGCAAGCCCAAACCCAAGCUGUCGGAUGUGGGAGCAUCGUACCACGCACUGCGCAUGAUGCGGCCGCUACUGUUCUUGGACAUGGCUGAACUGGCCAGAGUAACCGCCAACCAGGAGUCGCUCGAUGGGUGGAAGUCGAUGCCUGUGCCAGACCUCAUUGAUCACGUUAUUUGCCGCUUGGCCACUGAGCAGGCUGGAGAUCACGGGCCGUCCACCAUGGAAAGGCGCCUGCCGUUUGGAAUUCUUGGAUGGUCCAAGGAGCAGUGGGUGGGCCUCCUGUUCGCCUCCGAGGGCAUCCGGCUGCCCGGCGAUUUUGUGAUGCCGCCAACCAAGAACGAGCUUCUACAGAAAAACGCUGCCGGCCAAUUCCCGCCACAUCUGGUUUUCAAACAAUCGCUGGCCAAGCUUGCUGCAGUGUCAGAUGCCAGUACAAAUAUUGCGGACCCGCAGGCGCUAAUCCAGGCUGCCCAGCAGCGACUUUCUCUGUAGGAUAAUUUUUCUGGGUGAGGAUGCCAUGCUU